AUGAUUGAAUCUAAACAGAUGAAUGAGGUGCUGAAAGGACUUUGGAAAGAUGGCUCUCAGCCUGGAGAUCACAUCUAUGUGGAACACAUAGCUGAUGUAGAAGGACUGAUUGGAUAUUUACAAAGGAAAUUGCCAGCCUUGAUGAAAAAGGCCAAAGUCAGACUUGUGGUGGUCGAUUCAAUUGCAGCCUUGUUUCGUUGUGAAUAUUCCGCCCACGAAUCAGUUGCCCGUGCAAAACAGCUGUCCAUUAUCGCUCGAGAAUUGCAUCAGCUGUACACUAAACACAAUAUCCCUGUCAUUUGCGUAAACCAGGUCACAGCAUCAAUGAAGAAGAAAACAGAAAACGUACCUGCUCUCGGCUUAUCAUGGGCCAACCAUGUAACAACACGUAUCCUGCUAUCAAGGACAAAUCAAAUAGCCCCACCUGAAACUCUGUCAGUCCCAACUAAGCAGUCAUCAACCAGUCACAUGCUCCGAUACCUUGAAGUAAAGUUUGCCCCUCACUUACCAAUGAUGACACUACCUUAUUGCAUAAAUAAAUCAGGUGUUCAGGGUCUGAGCUGCCAACUCUGA